AUGAGAGGUCGAACGGUGGCAGUCAGUGUUGCAGUCGGCCGCGGCCUCGUCACUGCAAACGGACUUCCAUUCUUCAACGACUUUUUUGUGUUGCAGCAGGAGGACGCUAGUACACCACGGCUUCAAUCGGUCGGUCACCAAAGUGGCCACGAAAACGCUCUUGCCAGCUUUCUGCCGUUUGAGGAGCCUAGUAGCAAUGGCGCGGCCUCUUCGAUUUCUCUUCCUACGUUACCCGAGCGCGACUACGAUCGCAAGGGGGACGACGCUCCGGGCGACGCAGUCGUUCUCCUGGAAGACGCGCGCCGCGUCACGCGCCGCCAGCCGACCAUGGGGGUGCUUCCGAGCAACUUUCUCAGUGGUGAAAGAAACACCAACACGGAAACGGACCCAGUGGCGCACAAUGCCAGCAAGGAGACAGGGCUGUCCAGGUCCAAGAACACUGAGAAUGGAAAAGGAGCAACGAACCUCAGAAUCACCCGUAGUUCUGGUAACAAGCUUGUGAUGUCCAUGUCGCAACAGAAGCUGCAGGGAGCCACCGAAUCCUGGUCAGCCGUAUCCUCACCGCAUCACCUUCUCGAGCCAAAGUGGGGCCUUGGUAUCAACGUUCGAAGCUUUAUUAUUUUGAUUUUUACUGAGGAAUGUGCACAUCGCAUGUGGCGCCGUGCACGAGAUACAACUUUUAUUUUGGAAGACAUAGCCCGCGAAGUAAGAAAUUCGUGACUCAUCGACUGGAUGAACUGCACAACCAAUUCGUUCCUCUUACGGAGCAGCACAGCAAACCCAAAACUGCAUUCAGGGUCGUAUUUCUGGUGGCUGCGGUUUCUAACCUUCGGAUGUAUGAUCAAGGGUCUGUCUAUCGCGUCGUCCCUGUGCACGCAGUUCGCACCACUACCGGAAGUGUCUCAAAUCAAAACGCAAAAGCUGACAGGCAGCAAGGAGUCGCUUUCUUACGUUGCCAUUGCGUGUAUUUCUUGGUUAUAAGUGUAUUGCACAUGAUGCUCUAGCUUGGUUGUGUCUUUCGACGUGCAGAGUCAGUGUGAUUCUUUAUUUUUCUCAAGUUUGAUUUUAGUUUCACAUUUACUGUUAGAUGCAAGUUGUUGGACGACAAUGAUUGCAGUAGCUGUAAUCUCUGACUCUGAAGAGAGCACGUAGCCACGCCUCUAUGUACUGAUAACCGAUCACGUGGCUUUGUAGGUUGAAUGUACAGCUGAUCUGAAUCUGAUGAAAGGUACGGGACUGCAGUGGUGUUUGUAUGGAGUGUCUGCGUAUUGGUACACGGGGAACCACGGAUUUCUGAUUGUGGUGUACGCGAACGUGGUGGGCGCCUGCAUGGGAUGCUAUUACUCCCUGACGUUUUUUCGAUUCGUCGAUCGCACUUCCAAGACGUUCCGUCGCAUGCAGACCUACGUGCUGAUCGCCGCUUGCGUUUUCCUGUUUCAGUUUCUCAAUUUUGCGAUUCGCCCCGUGGAACAGUAUCUGCUGCUCUCCGGUUGCGUGUCGGCAACGCUGAGUGUAAUCGUGACACUCAGCCCGCUGGCCACUCUGCCCACGGUGCUAGAGACCCGAUCCGUGGACUCCAUGCCCGUCGAGCUCAGUGUCGUCAACUUUGUUUCCUCGUGGCUCUGGCUAGCCACGGGUCUGUUGUUGCAGGACUGGUGGAUCCUGAUUCCAAACCUAGUCGGCAUUUUGGUAGGAUUCCUCACUUGCUACCUGAUAUUCGGCUACGCGGCGUCUUCGACGCGCGUGCAAAAGCCGCGCGGGCAUUUCUCAACAACAGACGGCCGCGUGUUUGUUUCUCCCGUGGUGAGGGCUCCCGGGACGACACGGGAGGUUUUUGUAGGUGCAUCUUCUCUCGAUGCAGAGGGUGGCGCAAAAGAACGGAGUAUUAUGGCAACAACACCGUCCGAAGUCGGGACCACAGCAACCACGAACAACGCGGCAGAGCGGAGCGACGGGGCUGAUGCUGACGACGAGGACGAUCGCGUGCGAGUGAUAGCGUACGAACCUACCAGAGCCCAGGAACAAGAGGGAACUCUCACGACAGAAAUCGGCCACUUCAUCAGCCCAGGCGAAGCGGAGGAACCGCUACUGAUGUCCUUCUCCCUCAGAAGUACCCGAGCAUCACCCGGUCGCUGCGUACAACCAUGCGACUCAGUAAUCGAAAGAGAUUUUACAGGACAUCAAAUGCCGUCCUGCGGACAAAGUGAAGAUGCAGCUGAGAGCGAUUUCCCAACAUCAACAGCGGCGGGGCGCUGGACAGCAAGCGCCGCAGGGAGCGAAAAUGAGUGCGACGUCGAAUGCUCGCGCUUCAAUAGCACCAAGUGCGCGGGUACCGGGGAAAGUGGAUAGAGAGCCUUAUCAGGGUGCGAAGUCGCUUUAUGUUUUCCAGUCAGUGGAGAUAGUUUUCUUUUCCAAGUCUUUCCCGCCGCAUCGUGAUCCCUGCGGUCCUGUGACUACCUCUGGUCCCAGCUAUGUUGUGGUCACUAAUCAUGGCGUUCAAAGCAAUGAAUAUAGCUGUAGUUGAUGAAAACAAUGAAUAAAUGCGAUGCAGUUGCGAUUGCAACUGCUAAGUCAGAGUACAUCGCGAUGCUUGAGAAACAUCCUGACUGGAAAUGGGAUCUUUGUCAUCUUCUUCUAGAUUGCCUGCAGCAGUGUGUGCAACAAUGCAGGAAUAGGUACAACUAGUGUAAGUGUGCGUCAUGAUCAUGAACACGUUCAU